CUUCCACAAUUUCAAAUUUGCUUCUAGUGGAAAAUAAUAUCUCCCCCAAUUUCUUCCCUUUCUGUCAUUCCCAAACCCUAAUCCCGAAAUUUUUCGAUGGAAAUCUCUGCCAUUUCCGACGCAAUUUCAUCGAUCGCCUACACGACGCAGUCGUCAGGAUUAUCGAAUUUCAUCCUCAACCGGUCAAGCAACGUUUUUUCGCUGAUGGACACCUCGGACCAGUCAAAUCCAUCGCCGCUGCCGUUUAAUAUCUCCGCGGUAUCCAGAUCGGCCACGAGAACUAUCACGAAACCGCGCGUCCGAAAAACCCGCCGCGUCAAGAGGAAAGUUCAUAUUGACGACGGCGGCGAAGAUUGCGGAAUUUUCGUGUUUAGUGAUGGAAUGGAUUUUAGCAGUGGCGGUGGUAAUUCGUGGGGCGGUGGUGGGGGUGGGGGAUGGAAUUUCGGUGGGCAUGGAUGGGGUAAUUGGGAAGAAUCUUCAGAUAAUACAAUAUCUGAUCCGGCAUUUGAUUUCGUUUUUGAGAUCUUGUGCUGGAUCGCCAUGUCAAAUUGCUUGCAUUUCGCCUUUAAGAGAGUCGUGAGGUUUGUUUCGGAUGGGUUUGGUGAUAGGGGAAAAGUUCCAUUGCAGUUGACUCAAGUCUGCUGAUCGGUAAAGAUGAUUGAUUGCCCUGAAGAAGAAGUGAUUCUAAGUAAUUAAGAUUAGGUGAUUAUGUUUGUUUCAUAGCAUGUUAAUUUGUGUAGAUCUCGUUGUAUAUAAGGACCCGAUUGGUUCUGUGUGUUGUGAAUUGUACUCAUUGUAUAUAUAUAUAAUCUAUUUCUCAACGAUGUAUGGUUCAAUCCAAUUUGCCAAAAGUUGAUUGCUUCCUCUUUAUAGUUGACGCCAAUAAAUUGGUUUUUCUUUUCCUUUUUUAAA